AUGGCCCAGAACGUGCCAUUGAAAGAUCCAGAACACAUAAGCAUUCAGAAAUCAAUAACUGAGAAAAUUCUCGACACUUCCCCCUGUUUCCCAAUAUCAAUCAGAGAACUCAACAACGUUGUUUGCCCUGUUUCAGGUUUUUUUAUUGCUCCAGAGGAACAACAACCAGUCACUUUUCCAGACAACCUCAUCAACAUAAAAAUCUACAUGCGUGGUGGAAGUGCUGCACUUUUGCCUGCAAAAUACAAAUUCAAAAAAGUCUGCCCUACGGCUGGAUCAUGGGGAACUGUGGCUACUUCGACACCGAGGAAAUCGGAUGAAAAUGGGUCGAAGAAAGGUGGGUUCAUCGGUAACGAGCAGAAUGAGCCUAUGGUAGCCUUCAGUAAGCCUCCACCACAGCCAUCUUUUCUAGGACCAUUACUUGCUUUUUCACUCUUCGAAACAUGGUCUCGCCAUGACACUGAUGAUAACUGAGUGGUGUGGCACAUGAAGCCUUGCUGAAUGGCCGAGUAGACCUUUUAUGUAAAAUCUCAACUCUUUCUAAUGCGAACAUAACU